AUUGCAUCAUAGCAAACCUAGGCGUACUACGGCGCUGUUGACUUGAUACAGGAGUAACGCCCGGAGGUCAAUAGGGGGGACAUAUAAUACGGUCUUCGAUGUGGCUAGAGCCAACGAACUACCGCUGUUGUCGCACUCCAUCACACCAAGUCCUUUCUAAAUAUGGCCCUCACACAGUUUCUCUACGACCCAUUCACUGAAUUUGAUCGUCUUUUUGACGAAGCUUUCACCUCGCGCUUCCGACCCGACUCUGACGAGUCUCGUCCCACAACAAUCCGCCCUAAGAUGGACCUCGUUGAAACAAAAGACAAUGUCAUGGCGAGGUUUGAACUCCCCGGCAUGGAUCAGGGGGACGUUAACGUUGAAGUUCGUAAUGACCGCCUGACCAUCUCAGGCGAGAAGAAAAUCCAGACUGACGAGGGUCGGUUUGUGGUGCACGAGCGUUCUUUCGGACGCUUUGCUCGAAACCUGCAGCUCCCUGAGGGAACUAAGCCUGACAGUGUUCAGGCACAGAUGCAGAAGGGUGUCCUGGAGGUCACCUUCCCGAAAGCGCCUCCGGAGCAGGAGACCCAAACCAUUCCUAUUCAAGAUUCGAAGCCCACUCAGUCCGCCCCUCCUAUUGGACAUAGCAAGAAAUAAAUCGAGUUUGGAGCAAUCGAGUCUGGAAAUUCAGUACUCCUAGCUUUCUCUACAUCAAUAUUUGUAUCUAUCAGUAGCAGCUCAGAUCUAGAAAACAUCAUGUUCAUGUUGUA